UGCACCCACUGAGUUGGUUCUCCAGAAGCAGUGCACACAAACACACCCAAGAAACACCUGAGGGACUGUGCAGCCCUGCUAUCAAGUGCGCGAUGGCACCUCCUCCCACGAGAACGAGAUGAGCAGGUCGGAGUCGGCGCCGGGGGCAGCACCGGCCGUGGUGGUGAAGACGGUGGACCUGCAAACGGCGGCGACACCGGACGUGGGGGCGACGACGGUGGACGUGCAGACGACGGUGGCACCGGACGUGGGGGUGACGACGGUGGACGUGCAAAUGGCGGCGGCACGGGCCGUGGCGGUGACGACGGUGGACGUGCAGACGGUGGCGAGGGAGCUCCAGGAGCAGCAGGACGGCAUGAUGUACCUGGACGUGAGGACGGAGGAGGAGAUGGGGAAGGGCCACAUCCGCGGCUCCCUCAACGUCCCCUACUUCUUCGUCACGCCACAAGGCAUGCCGCGCUAACUAAUCUCCUCUUCUAUUGAUCCUAACACCGCCACCAUCAUAGAUUCAGCUCUGUCCUUAGGCACCAAUUAACCUCCGUCUAUAUGCAAACCA